UGGUGAUGACAGGUGAUACCAUAGUCCCAACUACAGAAGGAGCAUCCUCACAGAUGCAUCUGGUGAACAGGCAAUUAAAAGCCAUUUAUUUUGCAAAAGCCCUGCUGCUCAAUGGUUGACACACCAGUUCAGCAGGCUGCGCUUCCUUAAUGGCCAUUGCCAGGAUGGUCACCUGCGCCGUCCUAACUGCCUACCGCACCACGGCGCUUAAGGAGAGGGAGCGCUCAGAGCCAGGAUCAAGGUCCGAGGACCAGCGAUCGCUCCCUUUCUGACCACGAGUCUGCUCUUCCCAACAGCAUCCUCCGUCCGAGGGAAGACAGCAUCCUCGAGGAUCAGGACGCUGCGCACCGAAGACUCAUGCGCCCUGGGCGCGCCGUGACAGGGCAGUUUCCCCCCCAGUCUCCUCCCUGCUCCGCAGUCACUUCCUGCAGCUGUUUCUAGCAGCGUCCGGUGAUGCUGAUCGCCUCCCCCGUCCAUCUCCUCUAUACCCCUUCUAGACAGAAGCCGGCUGAAAGCCAUCAGUGUUUUUUUUUUAAGGGUCAGCUAAGGAGAGUAGGGGAGGAAGGAGUGAAGAUUUUCGGAUUCCAAGGGGAUCCUUGCAGAAAUCAUUCCGUGAGCUCGCUCGCUCUUUCUCCCUCCCCUCCCCGCUUCUCUCCUGUGUUUGGGAAGCCGAUCCCAAGUUGGUCUUGUGUCUUCAGAGGAAGCAUGCCAGAAGGCCUCUCAGCCAAUGAUCAUCUUGCAACAAGGUGGCCUUCCUCCUCCUCCUCCUCCUGAGAAGCUUCCAUCUCUUCCUAUGUCAGUGGCCACCAGGCCCACAGCCAAUUUGCUACUCUCUCCACAGAAGCCACUUGGACUGGGGCCAUCCCUGCCACUUGCACAAGAUGAGGAACUCGGGGCAGGGGUGGAGCAGGAUCCGGUCCUGGAGGAACUGUGUAAGCCUUUGUGCUGCAAGCUUUGUAACGUCACCUUGAAUUCUGCUCAGCAAGCCCAGGCCCAUUACCAGGGUAAAAACCACAGUAAGAAGCUCCGGAAUUACUAUGCUGCCAAUAGCUGCCCCAUUUCUGCCAGGAUGAGUAACUCACUUGAGCCAGCUAUGUCUCCAGUAAUUUCCCUUCCACCCCAGGGGGCGUCUCCAAAACCAGGAGGGCGAGUGAUCUUGGCUACAGAGAAUGACUACUGUAAAUUGUGUGAUGCUUCCUUUAGCUCACCGGCUGUGGCCCAGGCUCACUAUCAAGGGAAGAAUCACGCAAAGAGGUUGCGACUGGCAGAAGCACAGAACCACGCAUUCUCGGAGACACCAGACGUGGCGGGCAAAAGGAAGCUGAGGAAAGAAGGGAAUGAAUACAAGAUGAUGCAGAACAGAAGAAACAUUAGUGCUGUCCAGAAUAACACAGGUCCCUAUUUCAACCCACGCUCCCGCCAGCGGAUUCCCCGCGACCUCGCCAUGUGCGUCACCCCCAGUGGCCAGUUCUACUGCUCCAUGUGCAACGCGGGCGCCAGCGAGGAGAUGGAGUUCCGGCAGCACUUGGAAAGCAAACAGCACAAGAGCAAAGUGUCCGAGCAGCGGUAUAAGAACGAGAUGGAGAACCUUGGCUAUGUGCAAUGAGACGGGAUUCCUGCCGGCCGCUCUUUCCCUGCGCCUCUCCUGAGAAGGAGCAGCUUCCUCACCUGCUGCUUACCGUGCACCCUGCUUUUGUGCUCCGUGCCUUAGGAAAAGUGCUCCCCAGCUCUCUCUGUGUUCUUAACAACCCACCAAAACCUGAUGGCGAGUAGGUGACGUUGGGAGGUCUUCUUUUGCUCCCACUUGGCCCUGGAGGACCUGCUGUGGUGUGCCAAGUGUUCUUGUUCUGUCGAUUCAUUCGCUGAGUCUCUUCACUGCCUUCAGAGGAAACCCUGCCUCCUUCCUCUUCUCCCUUCUCCCUUCCCUCCCUUCUGCAUGAGUGAGCUUAGCCUGAGCAGUCCCUCAACUCCACAGAGGCAGGACAAGGUCCUCCUUCUCCUCUGCCUCCUUCACUUUUUUGGUAGCCUUGCCUAUUGCCACCUCUACCCUGUCUCUCCAGAAAGAGGAAAAAAUUAAAAUGGCCCUGUUAGCUGGGGAUGAUGGAAGUUGUAGUCCAACACAGGUUGGUAGAGGAUGCUGUAGAAAGGGAAGCCAAGCCAAGCAUCCUGCAGGCAGAUGGGAUAAGUGUUGAGGCCUAAAUCCAGUUGCUGCUGUCAACUAGAGUAGACCCACUGGAUCACUUUUUGAGUGGUAAGUCAAUACAUAUGUAAACCCAUUGAUUCCAUGGACCUGCUCUAGUUAGGAGCCACCUGUUGGAGGUAGGUCUCAGCAGUGUAUCCAAGGAACCUGGAUAGACAUUCUAGGAGUUUAAGAAGUGUUUUUUUCUCUGCACAAAUAAAGACUGAAGUCUCCUGUCCUCAUGGUGUUUAGGUUCCUUUACCCUUACGACCUCCUGACAUGCCAUCCUACAAGGUUGUUUCUGGUUGUUACUACUGUAAAAGGGUGAAUUUGGGGAGUUCCUAACAUUUGACUUUUUUUUUUUUUUUUUUGCAGAACCAACAUCAGUAUAAAAUUUGCUGCAAAUCUCAGCUGUUCGAUUUGCAGUAUCUGGGGUGUAUAUUUUGAAGCUUAUCAUUUCAAGAUCCUGAUUAGUUCUCAAUGACCUCUUCAGAUUACAUGUGAGAAAAAGAUCCUUGUCGCUCAUGUACAUACAGUUGAACAGCAGCAGUUCUCUUAUGAAUGCACUGCAUUUCUGUAACUUCAGGUGUCUUUUUCCUCUCCUCCAAUUUAUUUUAUUUAUUUAUUUAUUUAUUUAGUAGGUUUCUAUC